AUGUCAAUCCACGUCAUCCUAUACCUGCGCCAAUGUUUCCGCGUGGCCUCCGCCAGGCGCCUCCCCGUCCUCCUACAGCGCGCACAUUCUCCGCCCUGCGGAAACUGUUCCGCUCCACGCGGGUGCGCGCGGGCGGCAUGGAGGGGCGAUGGGCAGGCGGACAGGCGGAAGAGCGUCGCAUGCCAUGCAGCGGAGAGCGGUGACGUGGUGCCUGCUGAUUGGGUGGACACGGCAGGGACGCACAAGCGGCCCCGACAAGUUUUUUACGCCAAGAAGGUGCGCCGCGGGCCUUUUAACGGGGAUAACGCAGGAGGUGAGUGGGAUGCGGAGGGAGGAGGUGGUGGGAUGGUGAGGGUGAGCAGUGAGGCGAGCCACGUGCUUGCUUCCCGCCCAUCCUGCCUCUUCCUUCGCCGCCCAUUCUCUCUUCUCCUUUCUUACACUUCCAACUCCUCGCCCUCCCCCCCCCUUCCCCAUUCUCUCUCCGUGCCACGCACACACGUGCAUGCACGGCCAUGUGUAAAUGCUGGACACACUGGACUGGGCACACAACAGAUGCGAGCCAUGGUACGGCAUGCGCUGGAUAAUCCUGUGGGGCAGCCGCCGCUCAAAGAGCGACUGCAGCAGAUCAAACAGGCUAACCCCAACCCCAAGAUCCUGAUAGCGUUUGACGACGUGAGCGUGCCGCUGCCGCCCAUGCGCCGCCCGGACGUGCGACAGCUGAUCAUGGAAGAGGCAGAGCGCGACUGCGUGGCAGCGGGCAUCACGGAUAUCCGCUUCGUGUGCUCCAUCGCUCUGCACCGCUACAUCCGCGCCGACGAGUUCAGGCACAUCUGCGGAGGGUACCUGUACGGAAAGUACUACCCGCAGCGCAUGGGGAAUUACAAUGCGGUUGAUAUGGACGAGACUGUGGAUAUUGGUGUCACGCGCCACGGGGAGGCCGUGCAGGUGAGGGGAGAGGGGGGAAGGGGGGGAAUGGGGGGGAUGGGGUUGGGGGGAAUGGGGGGGAUGGGGUUGGGGGGGAUGGGGUGGGGGAAGUGGGAGAGCAUGGGGAACUACAAUGCGGUUGAUAUGGACGAGACUGUGGAUAUUGGUGUUACGCGCCACGGGGAGGCUGUUCAGAUCAACCGGCACUAUGCGGAGGCGGAUCUGGUGGUGUACGCGAAUGUGAACUACGUGAGCAUGGACGGCGGGUACAAGUCAUAUGCCACUGGCCUGGUGCAUUACAACUGUGCCCCCGGCUCGCAUGCUGCUGCUGCUGACCUGCUGUGUGCUGUGUGCAGGUCGCUGUUUGACCCGACGCGGAGUGCGCUGCACAAGUCGUUCCACCGCAUCGGGCGCAUGAUGCAGAAGCACACCGAUGUCUUCCAUGUUGAAACUGUGAUCGAUGACCAGCUGCUCCCCUUCUACGCAAGCUUUGCGCCGGGCGGGCAGGUCUGCCCCGACACCCCUCAGCCUCUCUACCUGACACCCCUCCCACUCCCCCUAUGCCUCUUUUCCCUCCCCCGUGCAGCUGUUUCCCUUCUCUUCCCCUUCUACGCGGACUUUGUGCCCGAGCUAGUGCGCAACAUGAACCCGCUGCAGAAGCUCCUCAUGCACUCCACGCUCAUUCUCUUCAAGGUGACAGCAGGGGAGACUCAGGCGGUGCAUGAGAGGACACUGGCAGCCAUCUACCGCGACAAGGUCAUGGACAUUGAUGGCCAGGCGGACAUUCUCAUCCUGGCGCCCAGUGCGCUGGGGCCCUACACCAAGGACAUGUACCUCAACCCCCUGCUCGUGAACACAUAUGCACUGGGCUACUAUUAUAACAUGUAUGUGGAUGGGGUGCCUCUACUCAAGGAGGGCGGCUGUGUGAUAGUGGUGAACAACAUGCACUACGAGUGGUCCUCCCCCGCACACGACGCAUAUCGGCGCCUCUUUGAGGAGGUGCUGGCAGUGGCGCCAGGGCUGGACGAGUUUGAGCGCUUCCAGCAGCAGUUCGUGGAGGACCAACAGCUCAACGACAUCUACCGCCGGGGCCAGGGGCCCGCUGCCGUGCACGGGUUUUAUAUGUACACGUGGGCCGCUCAUGGCAUGGAUAAGGUGGGCAAGGUGUACGUAGUGGGUGCGAAGGACCCGCGGGGGCCAGCAGUGCUGCGCUGGGAGAUGGCGGACACCAUACAGGAUGCUGUUGACCAGGCGCGGGUGUUCCUGGGCAACAGCAAGGCGGCAGUGACGUAUCUGCGGUGUCCCCCGGUGGGCUAUGUGCGCGUGCACACAGAGGGGCAGGGGGAAGGCAGUGCUGCGGAGCAGGCGCAAGGGGAGGUAGCGCAAGCAGUGAGCAAGCACCAGUGA